AUGUUCUCUGUAGCUCUGCUGCUGCUGUUGGCAGCUGGAUGUGUAAAGUGUGAAACGCUGACUCAGCCAGCCUCUGUGACUGUGCAGCCAGGUCAACGUCUGACCAUCACCUGUCAGGUCUCUUAUUCUGUUAGCAGCUACUUCACACAUUGGAUCAGACAGCCUGCAGGGAAAGGACUGGAGUGGAUGAGUAGUGACACCAAUGUCAAAGAUUCACUGAAGAACAAGUUCAGUAUUGAUGAAGACUCUUCCAGCAACACAGUGACUCUAAAUGGACAGAAUGUGCAGCCUGAAGACACUGCUGUGUAUUACUGUGCCAGAGGAGUUUGGAGUGAGAUCAAACUGGAGCAGUCUCCCUCUGAGGGGAAGAGACCUGGAGAGACAGUGAAGAUGUCAUGCAUCAUAUCUGGUUAUAGCAUGACAAGCUAUAAUAUUCACUGGAUACGACAGAGGUCAGGGAAAGCUCUGGAGUGGAUUGGGAGGAUGGACACAGGCAAAAACUCUGCUAUCUACGGCAGCUCCUUUCAAAGCCGUUUCAUCAUGACUGAAGAUGUUCCCAGCAGCACUCAGUACCUGGAGGUCAAGAGCCUGACAGCAGAAGAUUCUGCUGUUUACUUCUGUGCUCGAGAGACACAGUGA